AUGUCUUUUAAGUCAAACAUUUUACUAAAUACUGCUAUUAAUGGAUUAAAAAUUGCAGCUACUCGCAAUACUGCUUCAGCUCCAAAAGUAGCUUUACUAGGAGCUUCCGGUGGUAUUGGUCAACCAAUGGGUUUAUUACUUAAAAAUAAUCCAGCUAUUGCAAAAUUGGCACUCUAUGACAUUCAAGGAACCACUGGAGUUGCUGCUGAUCUUUCUCAUAUUGAUUCAAAAGCUCAAGUUACUGCUCAUACUGGACCAAGUGAACUAGUUUCAUGUCUCGAGGGUGCUGAUGUUGUUGUUAUCCCAGCUGGUGUACCACGUAAACCAGGAAUGACCCGUGAUGAUCUUUUCAAUGUCAAUGCAGGAAUUGUUCGUGAUUUAGUUGAGGCUGUUGCCAAAACAUGCCCAAAAGCUUUUAUCGCUAUAAUUACAAAUCCUGUUAAUUCAACUGUUCCAAUUGCUUCUGAAGUUAUGAAGAACAAUGGAGUUUAUGAUCCCAAGAGAAUUUUUGGAGUCUGUACACUUGAUGUUGUAAGAGCUCAAGCCUUUGUCGCUGAACUUAAAGGACUUGAUGUAACAAAAACUGUUGUCCCUGUUAUUGGAGGACAUUCUGGAGUAACCAUUAUACCUUUACUUUCCCAAGUCAAAGGAGCUACCUUUUCUGACAGUGAAAUUAAAGCUUUAACUGAACGUAUUCAAGAUGCUGGAACUGAAGUUGUCAAAGCUAAAGCUGGAGCAGGAUCAGCUACACUUUCUAUGGCACUUGCUGGAGCCCGCUUUACACAAUCACUUAUUGAUGGUCUUCAAGGAAAAAAAAAUACUCAAUGCACCUACGUAGCUUCAAACGCUGUUCAGGGUGUUGAAUACUUUUCUACACCAGUUGAACUUGGACCAAAUGGAGCUGAAAAAAUAUUAGGAUAUGGAAAGAUCUCAUCUUAUGAGCAAGAACUUGUAACAAAAGCUGUACCAGAACUUCAAAAGAAUAUUAGUAAAGGAGUUAAAUUUGUUAAAGGAUAA